AUGUCAGGGGCCCGCUUGGCCUUAACGCUAUGUGUCACCAAAGCCCGGGAAGGUUCAGAGGCAGACCUGGAUGCCCUGAAACGCAUGUUCCAACACCUGAGAUUUGAAAGUACCAUGAAGAGAAACCCCACUGCCCAGCAAUUCCAGGAAGAGUUAGAAAAAUUCCAGCAGGCCAUAGAUACCCGAGAGGACCCUGUCAGCUGUGCCUUUGUGGUGCUCAUGGCGCACGGAAAGGAAGGCUUCCUCAUAGGGGAAGAUGGGGAAAUGGUCAAGCUGGAGGACCUCUUCGAAGUCCUGAACAACAAGAACUGCCAGGCCCUGAGAGCCAAGCCCAAGGUGUACAUCGUGCAGGCCUGUCGAGGAGAACAAAGGGACCCAGGAGAAACAGUAGGUGGAGAUAAGAUGGUGAUGAUGACAGAUGACAGCCCCCAUACCAUCCCAACUUACACAGAUGCCCUCCAUGUCUUCUCCACGGUGGAGGGGUACAUUGCCUACAGACACGAUCAGGAAGGCUCCUGCUUCAUCCAGAUCUUAGUUGAAGUGUUCACAGAGAGGAAAGGACCCAUCUUGGAGCUUCUGACAGAGGUGACCCGGCGGAUGGCAGAAGCAGAGCUGGUUCAGGAAGGAAAACCAAGGAAAGCAAACCCGGAAAUCCAAAGCACCCUCCGGAAAAAGCUCUAUGUGCAGUAG